AAUUAAACAUGUUUGCACCUGUUUUCACCGACACCUCUUGGAUCUUUCAAUGGCUGAAUGAAUUACUGACGGCAUGCUUCACCAGAGAGACGUGUUUAGGAAUUCAGUCCCUCAGAUCCUCACCAGCCGACACAGGUUAUCGGAAAAGAAGGGGAACCCCCUUCUAUUCCCUACUGAGGCCAUGCGUUAGGGUAUUGGAUAAGAUCCAUUUUUCUAUACGUGUUUCUUUGUGGAAAGACUUGGUGGAUUUUUGCAAAAUUAGCGAAUUUCAUAGAUGCAUGAACGUUGGGAACUCUAAUCCUUCAUAAACCAGGGUAAAUGUGUGUGUGCAAGCCGAUGGCGGAUGGUGGGGCGAUAGAGGAUGGUGACCCCCCGCUUGCUGCGCCCACCAUAUGUAUUGAUUGUUUGCUGCAGAGGACCCAGACACGCUAUUGGAGAAGGGGACUCUUCGGCAUGUUGAAACCUCACCAUGAUCAGAAUUCUUUAAAUAUGGAUAUUUCCUUUCUUAUCUCAAAUAUCCAAAAUGCUAUUGAAGCGAAAGUAAGAGGUCCUUACUCUCUUGUAACAAUUAACUACGAUAUCAAACCGCCCAACUUAGAUCUUGUGAGUUGGCGACGUGUUUUAGUGGGAAUGGAACUUGUUUUAGAGGAACCAGACACGAACUUUGAAAUCCGGAGUAUUGCUGUCAGCAUAGGACAAUCUACGAACUCUCGGUGCUUACACGGACUGCUAAUUCUGUUAAAAUCAUUGCAAGAACUUCAUUGGGACCUCAUGCAAAUGGUGUUGCACGUUGAUAAGACACACGGCAGUAUUUUGUUCGAAACGCUGACCGACAUUUCCAUGGGAUUUUCUAUACAGCCGAUGUAUAUUGGUCAUAUUCGUGCUUUGUAUCAGGACAACACCGUGGCAAUGAGGGUACUAGGUUUUUACAGGCGCUCACCCGAGGAAGAAAUAACAUGGACGCAACCAGAACGACGGGACUAUACCAGAUCAAUUCUGUGUGUGUUACGGGGACUACUGAGGGCGCCUGCAGGUGUUCAGGCAUCCAGUUAGUGAAUGGUUUUUAAUAUUUUCAUGUUUAAUGUGUCAUAUGUCAUAUUUAAAUGAAAUGUGGAUUGCAAUGUUUUCAGCACAUUCCUGUUACCCUAUGCAUACUAGUUAUUCGUGUAUUAACACUGCCAGUGACUUAAUUUUCGUGAUUACUUAUUCCUUUUUUUAUUGUAGCGUUUCUCCAAAAAUAGCUUAUUCUGGUGUAUCAAAAUUAGUUUAAGGAGAGAAACAGCUACUACUAUAAUGCUAUCAAUAUAAUUUUUUUUCACUACGAUCACCGGGGCUUUAGUCACUGUUUUUUUGUCGUCACCAUAUAACAUUUGCUGGAUUGUUAUUACGUAUCAUUACUAUGUGACAGCCAAGUAGUGUUUUGAAACCAAAUGGUAUUCUUAUAUUACUAGUCACUGAAGGGCAGCUAAAUAUGUGUUUAUAGAAGCUACAUUACCUACAUUAAGCUAAGGAGGUGCAUAUUUUAUAUAAACUAUUAUUUUAUAAACAUUGUGCAAUGAACAAAUCACAUGCCGAAAUUAAGAAGUAUAUGGAAUUUUGACCGACUAACAAUCAUAUAUUUCAACUACAGAAAUUGUGACAAAUUUAAUGGUCAAUGAUCCGAACCCAUUCUAAAGAAUCACAUUGUUUCUGUGCCUGUUUAUCUAGGAAUAGGUCCACGUUUAGAACCUCUGCCACAUUUAGAAACAGGUUUGUGCGUAUGAAUCAUCAUCCUCAUUCUUGUAUGGUUUGGUACGUUUCAGGCUUUACCUCCUAGCAACAACUAAACUCAUAUGCAUUGUAUUGAGUGCUACAAAUGCAAUGUCGCGACAUUAUUUGUUAUUCAAAAGGCAACGGUGAAACUUCAGAAGCUACGCUCUCUUACGUUCUCUUUAUCUCUGGAAUAUGUCAUUACGAAAUCGAAGGAUAUGUACGCUACACUUUGUUGUUGAUGCAAGUGUGCUGGUUUAAUCCAUCCAUACACAUCAAAAGAAUCACGCGGCAGCAAAACGGUAGCUGCGUGCUUUCGAUCUCAUCAUGAUUAUAAUCAUAAUUAUACUCGGGUUACAGAGAAAGUAAUUGAGCGAAACCCGAGGAUAAAGGGAAUGCAUUCAAUAGAAUACUUGUUCGAUGACAAAACAACAGCCUUAGAACAGAAGCUGUUAAUUACCUGUUCUACAUAAAUGUGCAUAGAUAUAUCACCUGACCAAAUAAUAGAUUAUGUUACAAAUAGAAAAUGUCUUCAUAAAUUACAAUAUACAAUUACUGCCAAUAAUACCAAAUGCAAGUUUUCCUACAUAGUAAUACUUCAAUUAUUAAGUCCAUAAACAAAAACUUAAAAUGCAUGUUAAGUAUUUCUUUUUGGCCAAUAUCAUUGUUUUGUUAAUAGUGUGGAAAGUCAGACAUGUUCAAAAAAGAAGAAAUAUAUGCAGUUAAGAUAACAUAAGGCCAAAAAAGAAUUACUCAUGUUUCCGCUAUCAUCCUUAGGUAGGCGCUUUUUUAUUAGAAAAAAUAUAUAACUAUAUGCUUAUAUAGAGCAGGAGUUCUGACUUGGACAAAGCAUAUCACUAAAUGCCAAUACAAUAUUUAGGAUAGGCUAACAAAUCUAGGGUAGGUAGGGUUAGCGGAAACGUAUUGUUUUAUUUGGCCUAAGGCUCUAUUAGAAAGCAAUCCACAAUUGUCAAUAAAAUAUGUAGUCCUUUUAGAAAACCGUAUCGAAAAUGAGAUUUUCCUUGGAAUUCAGAUAUAACCCCCAUAUAAAAUUCCCACUUGUUAUUUUUGUUCGGUGAGCAUCGAUGCUAUUAUUGCUUUUGUACAAAUUGCUUUAUAUAAUAUGACCGUUAUGAAUAAUUGUAAGAAAAGAACAUUCUUUGAUCAUAUUUAGUUAAAAAUACAAUGCAAUCACUAUUUGAUUGCUAUUAUAGAUUAUAGAAUUUCUUUCUAGAAACGUGGUUUGAAAAUGUUGAAAAGUUGAAAAGAAUACAUCAGAUAGCCGCUUCGAAUAUCAAGAAUCACGGAAUUUUGAUUGAUUUUGUUAUUAAAACUAAUGAGCGGCGCUGUGUAAACAUGUUGUCAAGCAUACAUAAAUUAAGGUGACAUGAGUUGUCCACAACCGUGUUAAAGACCAAGUAAGGGAGAUAACCCAUUCAGUCAUACAAGACAAGUUGUUAUUAUACUGACGUAGACUGAUUGUGAUAUUUAAGGUUUAAGACAGGCGGUCUUUAUUUAAAGGUUCCACUUUUAUUCCUUUUGUUCUGUUUUUAUGUAAAUAAUACUAAGUUAUAUAUUAUAUGGUGCACUGUACAACUGUAUGGCUGUGGUAUACACAUUUCAUACUCUGGUAAUAAAUUGAUCUCAAACGAAACACUGCCAAUAGACAAUGUGUUUUCAUUCGUAUGAGAGUAUAUAUAGUUAAGUCAAGUGAUAUCAAGUGAAUUUGUUUAACUUGACGAAUUCGUUAUCCGGGUUCAUUUUUCGUUUUGCUAUAUUUUUUAUAAAGGAUUUUUUUUUUACUAUAAUUUUUUUCAAACAUUCAUUUCGACAUUUUAGAUUUCCAGAACACUAUAUUAAUGAAGACAUUGUGUUGUUAAUCAAUCAGUGCCCAUUUUUUCCGAAAGUCAUUUCGCAAUUAUGUCCGAAAUUCGUCUUCUUUAGGCCCUUUCCUGUCCUUGAGUGUGGGAUUCCUUCUGACAUGCCGAACCAUAUCAGGUUGUGGAAAUGACAGAAACCAAACGGACUUGUAAUAGUAAUUUAAUACGUGUAUAAGAAUUAAGUAAGGAAGUACUUAUUCUUUAAUGAAAAAAAAUCAUAUAUAAUCUCGGAGAGAAUGAGCGUUUUGAGCUGACAGAACACAUUAUCCAUGAAACGGACACUUAAUGGUAUUCUUAGUAUAUGUGCAGUACUCACUUAGAGCCCUUUUCAAACACUUUCCGGUCAAUGCAUUUUAAGUUGCAAUACUUUUUCUCUGGUUGUUUUUAUUUCACUGUUAUUGUUAUUUUUGUUUCUUUAGGUUCUUAUAGGUUUUAUUGAAAAAUAUUUACAUUAUUCAUUUUUACACAUUCUUAGUCACGUAUCCUUGUUAAUUCCAUGACCCAAUACCCUUUUUUCACUUAGCCACAAUAGGUCACGAUUUUUCUCGUUGUUUAUCUACACCCUACCUAUAUUAUCUUGUGAAAACCGCAUUUGUGACGUACACUUGGAGGUCGGUUUAAUAUCAUGUGCUGAGGAGGCUGACUUAGGGGACGAACAUUUAUUUCAAUUCAAUCAAUCAGUGCCCAUUUUUCUGAAAGUCAUUUCGCAAACAUGUCCGAAAUUCAUCUUCUUUAGUCCCUUUUCCGUCCUUGAGUGUUGAAUUCCUUCUGACAUGCCGAACCAGAUCUGGUUGUGGAAGUGACCAAAAACAAACGGACUUGUAAUAGUAUUUUAAUACCUGUAUAAUAAUUAAGUAAGGAAGUUUAAUCAGUGUCAUUUUUUUCUGAAAUUUUAUCUACAACCUACCUAUAUUAUCUUUUGAAAACUGCAUGUGUGACGUAUAUUUGGUUAAAUUUGACACUGUGGAAAGUAGCAUGUUAGCAAAAGCAUGAAAUACAAAAUUUGACUAGAAUUUUGUUGUCUUUUAUUAAAAGAGGAUAAAUCAUGUACAUGUCACUUAAAAUGUAAUGUAUGUUGUUUCAUACAAACAUUUCUAAUGUGUAAAUGUUUACAAUAAAAUAGCAAAAUGAUAAAAAAUAAAAAUGGCACAAUAGCAUUCUAUUCUCAAAUCUCCAAAAUAGCGCUAAAUACUCGUAUGUAAACAAUCUCUGUAGAUUAUAUCCAUGUUUAUUAAGAAUGUCCCUUUGUAAAUGUCGUAAUAAACAGUACAUCAACAGAUCGUUUUAUCAUAACAUUUUAAAACGUUUAAAUAGUUUCACUCUUUGUUUGUCUAUAAGUUGAAGGAUACUCGCUUUUCCUGGGGAGACACAAACGACAACCCGAGGGGGAAAAUAUUGCACAAAUCCCGUUAUACAUGCUUAAAAACAUUACAAACAAUAAAUAAUAAUAAUUUAUGGACGGAAACUCAUAAGGAAGUUAGCAAAGUAUUUCAUAUCAAAUUUCCUCAAAAUUGAAAAUUUGAAUUAAAAUAAACAUUAUAUCACUAUAUUGCUGUAGUAAAUUCCCUUAUUUGUGUAUAAAUAAAA